AAUUUCAGUUCAGCGACCGCAUGCCUGCAUCUGACAGCAGCUGCGGCGGGACGUGACGUCACAAACUUCAUCGCGACGGCUAGCUCUUUUCCAACCGAGCUGUCCUUUUUGGUGGAAGCGAGUGGAUUCCCUACAGCAAUCAAAAUGGUGAAGGUCAAGUGCUCGGAACUGCGGACCAAGGACAAGAAGGAGCUGACCAAGCAGCUCGAGGAGCUCAAGACUGAGCUGCUCAACCUGCGCGUGGCCAAGGUCACCGGUGGAGCUCCCUCCAAGCUGUCCAAGAUCCGCGUCGUCCGCAAGGCCAUCGCCCGGGUGUACAUCGUGAUGAACACCAAGACGAAGGAGAACCUGCGCAAGCUGUACAAGGGCAAGAAGUACGUGCCGCUGGAUCUGCGCCCCAAGAAGACGCGCGCCAUGCGCAAGGCCCUGUCCCCGCGGGACGCCGCCCGGCUCACCCUGAAGGAGCAGCGCAAGCGGGCCAAGUUCCCCACGCGGAAGUACGCCGUCAAGGCCUAAACGACAGUUUAAGCUUAACUACUUUUUUUGGUUUAACAAGAAAAAAAAUCGCGGGAAUAAAACGAGAGAUCCUUCAUUUUAAGUGGUAAAAACAA